AUGACACUUGAAACCCCCGACCAGCGCAUACAACCAGCCAAAGAUAGGUAUGCGCAGGUGCGAAAAUCCUCGUGCGCAUAUCACUUCCGUGCGAAGGCGCACUGGGGUCAUGCUGUGCAGAGAGAGCAGAAAGGUCCGGACAGCAAGUGGCCUCGACACCGUGUACUAUCGGAUGUCUGCCCCUCGCCAUUGAAUAGACAUAGACUUUGGCCGUCUAUCUGGGACAGACCUAUAUGUUGUUGCUUUCUCGGCCCCAUGCUGCUGGACGGGGACCCAUCCGAACAACACCAUGAAACGAGCUGGACGGGGGGUUUAUCGAUGAACCAAACAGUGCAGCAGCAGGACUCUCCUCUUCCUCCUCCUCCACAUAAUCAAAACAUGCGCCGGGCGAACCCUCUUGCAGACCGAGCAGACCGGCGCUGGAGUCUCUACCUCCGCGCUACGACCAUCCUUCUCUGGCCGCUAUCUUGUCUUGUCCCUCUUGGUCCCCUGAUAUGCGAGACUCGUGGCGCCUUGAGCUGGUCCGAACGACAAUGCCAUUGGCUCAAUGACAAGGUGGCUCGCAAACCCCUUCAUAUGCUGCUGACUAAGAAAGUCCUGCUGGAUGGCACUCGGGUCUGGAAAUUCACGGUCAUCGAUAUCAAAAGGGAUAACCGACCCCCGGGACGAUCGCAGGACGGAGCAAGUCUCGUAGACGGCUCCACUACAUUCUCCGCCAAACAAGCUGCCGCCGCUGGUUAG